AUGUACAUAAUCGACUUGCAGGGAUUUCAAUACAAAAAAGAAUUGGCUUUCACGUGCAAGGAAAUUUCCAUUUUUAACAUUAACGACAAAUCCUGUGUGAAUAGAAUAGUCAAGCCCAAGAUUCCCUAUAAACAUCUCAGGGAGAGUGUAAAAAUCCAAAUCGACUGGACUGUGAAUCACGUACACGGUCUUAGAUGGUCGUCAUCGUGGGAUAAUUUACCGUACAGUGGACUCGGAGAUUUCAUAUCCGAUAGUGUGUUAGACGAGGAUCAGCCUGUCCUCGUGAAAGGAAUGGAGAAAAAGAGAUGGCUGGAGCCUCAUUUACCUAAUAAUAUUAUUAUUGACUUGGAGCCGUGGAACUCGACAUUGGAUAUGCUCGAGAGAUUAUGCAGAAGAAGAGAUGCUAUUAUAUCCACUUUAGCCAUAUUGCAGCACGAAAUCACAUUGAGCCCUACAGAUUGGGACAUUGCAAAGCAUGCAAUAUCUAUUCUUCAGAUUUUUAAUGACGUAACGUGUGACAUAUCCGCUGAAAAAAAUGUAUCUAUUUCAAAAAUAAUAUUAUUUGUUAGUGCUAUGGGAAACCAUCUAUUAGAAUUUCAAGCAACUUUACCGUUAAGAGAAUUACAAGUAAUAUUGGAAAUUUACCUGAAGGAAAUAGCCGAAAAUUUAGAAAAUAAUGAACUUGUGGCACAAGCGACUCUACUGGACCCGCGCUUUAAAAAAUACGGUUUCAGAGACAUAAAUAAAGCAAAUAAUGCAGUAGAAUUACUGAAAUCAAAAAUUAAAUUAUUUAGAGAUGUAAGUGUCAAUGUGAAUAUAUCAGAAGAAACAAAUAAAAAUGUUCAAUUGCAAGAAUCAAAAGAUAGUCGUCAGAAGUCUUCCAUAUGGAAGUGGUUUGAUGAAAAAGUGAUUCAAAUCCGAGUCCCGAGUAAUCCCACAGCGGCAGCUAUAUUGGAAAUAGAUAAAUACAUGGCUGAAUCUUUAAUAGAUAGACAUGAAGAUCCAUUGCUGUGGUGGUAUGAAAGGAAAAAUAUAUAUCCAAAAUUAUAUGCAUUAGUGCAGAGACGGUUGUGUAUUACGGCAACAUCUGUUCCAAAGAAGAAGCAGAUUAAAAAGUUCUAA